AUGUCUGUGUCAGAGGAACCGGACGGCGCGCGCCCCCGAUACGGCUCGGUCCUGGACGGCGUGGAGCGGCUCACGGCGGAGGAGAUGGACGAGCAGCGGCAGCAGAACAUGGCGUAUGAAUAUCUGUGUCACCUGGAGGAGGCAAAGAGGUCAGUGUCAAGGACACUGCAGGAAGUAGUCCUACAGUACUCCUACUGUAGUCCUACUGUAGUCCUACAUUACUCCUGCAGUAGUCCUACUGUAGUCCUACUGUACUCCUACAGUACCUCUACAGUAGUCCUACAGUAA